AUGUCCGGGAUCGAUGCGGAGAGGGCGGAGCGGCCUUGCACAACUCCUGUCUUGAAACGCGCGUGGUCGGGAGCAGCUCGAAACGGCCUCAGGCGACCUUCUGUGGCGGCCGAAACCCGAGUUUGUGUUCGGAGAUGUCUUCUUGGUACACUCCGGAAAGGUAUGCUGACUGGCCGGGAUCCUCGCCUCCCGAGCGCAAUACAGCUAUGCGGGAAGCACUUCUUUGGCAGCACGUAUUUUUGGGGGGAUUGGGUAUGAAAACCCAUGUACAUGUUGCGGUGGUGCAAGCUGGGCUGAGAGGUUGCGACACAACGUUCAUGAUGGACGUAGUGUUUGGUACUGCCAAGAAGGGGAAGCCAUUGCCGAUCCUGAUGCGGUGGGACUUUUGCCCGACGCUGAUCACUCCGGGUUUGGUUGCGAAGCCUUCGCUUGCAGUCUGGCAUGAAACAGCACCUUGCUUCCUCACCGGUGUCGUGACGACGGUGACUAAAAUCGCCAUACACGGACGUAUCCCUCUCGAGUGGGCCUGGCCAAACCCUCGGACCUUAACCCUACCUACGGCACGACGGCCCCGGACUCAUCUACAAUGGGCAAUCAAGUCGCCUAGGGUACAGCCAGUCAAGCGUCGAAUGAUGCUGUUCAACGCAUGAUGCAGGUACUUGACGAAGGUCAAGGCGGUGGACCCCACGGACAACUAUGGCAUAUACUCGGACGACGCCAGGGUUCGAAACGAGACUUGGAAAGGAUAUAAUGAAUGGAUCAAAC